GAUGGAGGGACGUAGGCAGGAAGCCCUAAGGUGAUUGGCUGAGGGCACUUCCGGCGGUCAUCUCGCGGUAACCUGGGCUCCACUGGCGCCAAAAUGUCGCUUGUAGCGGGAGUUAUCCGGCGGCUGGACGAGACAGUGGUGAACCGAAUCGCGGCAGGGGAAGUUAUCCAGCGGCCGGCUAAUGCCAUCAAGGAAAUGAUUGAAAACUGUUUAGAUGCAAAAUCCACAAAUAUUCAAGUGGUUGUUAAAGAGGGAGGCCUGAAGUUGAUUCAGAUCCAAGACAAUGGCACUGGGAUCAGGAAAGAAGAUCUGGAUAUUGUGUGUGAGCGGUUCACCACAAGUAAACUGCAGUCCUUUGAGGAUUUAGCUCACAUCUCUACCUAUGGCUUUCGGGGCGAGGCUUUGGCCAGCAUAAGCCAUGUGGCUCACGUCACCAUUACAACCAAAACAACCGAUGGGAAGUGCGCAUACAGAGCACAAUACUCAGAUGGAAAGCUGAAAGCACCUCCCAAACCAUGUGCAGGCAAUCAAGGGACCCAGAUCACGGUGGAGGACCUUUUUUACAACAUAUCCACGAGGAGGAAAGCUUUAAAAAAUCCAAGUGAAGAGUAUGGAAAAAUUUUGGAAGUUGUUGGCAGGUAUGCAAUACACAAUUCAGGCAUUAGUUUCUCAGUGAAAAAACAAGGUGAGACGGCGACUGACGUCAGAACACUGCCCGGUGCCACGACCGUGGACAACAUUCGCUCCAUCUUUGGAAAUGCUGUUAGCCGAGAAUUGAUAGAAGUGAGAUGUGAGGAUAAAACCCUCGCCUUCAAAAUGAAUGGCUACAUAUCCAACGCAAACUACUCAGUGAAGAAGUGUAUCUUCUUACUGUUCAUCAACCAUCGUCUGGUAGAGUCACCUUCCUUAAGAAAAGCCAUAGAAACAGUGUAUGCUGCAUAUUUGCCCAAAAACACGCACCCGUUCCUGUACCUCAGUUUAGAAAUCAGCCCCCAGAAUGUAGACGUCAACGUGCAUCCGACGAAGCACGAAGUUCACUUCCUGCACGAAGACAGCAUCCUGGAGCGUGUGCAGCAGCACGUUGAGCACCAGCUCCUGGGCUCCAACGCCUCCAGGACGUACUUCACCCAGACUUUACUACCAGGUCUUGCUGGCCCCUCUGGGGAGGUGGUUAAAUCUACAGCGGGUGUGACCUCCUCAGCUGCUUCUGGAAGUGGCGACAAGGUCUACGCCUACCAGAUGGUCCGCACAGAUUCCCGGGAGCAGAAGCUCGAUGCCUUCCUGCAGCCUGUGAGCAGGGCCCUGUCCAGUCAGCCCCAGGCUGAUGUCCCAGAGGACAGGACAGAUGCUUCUAGUAGCGGGGCCAGGCAGCAGGAUGAGGAAAUGCCUGAACUCCCAGCUCCUGCUGAAGCAGCUGCCAGUCAUCAGGGCCUGGAGGGGGAUGCAACAAAGAAGGCUUCAGAGCCAUCAGAGAAGAGAGGGCCACCUUCCAGCCCGGAGAACCCCAGAAAGCGACAUCGGGAAGGCUCUGACAUGGAAACGGUGGAUGAUGCAUCCCAAAAGGAAAUGACCGCAGCUUGUACCCCCCGGAGGAGGAUCAUUAACCUCACCAGCGUUCUGAGUCUCCAGGAAGAAAUUAACCAGCAGGGACAUGAGGCUCUCCGGGAGAUGCUGCGUGACCACUCCUUUGUGGGCUGUGUGAAUCCUCAGUGGGCCUUGGCACAACAUCAGACCAAGUUAUACCUUCUCAACACCACGAGACUUAGUGAAGAACUGUUCUACCAGAUUCUCAUUUAUGAUUUUGCCAAUUUUGGUGUUCUGAGGUUCUCGGAGCCAGCAUCGCUCUUUGACCUCGCCAUGCUCGCCUUAGACAGUCCCGAGAGCGGCUGGACAGAGGAAGAUGGUCCCAAAGAAGGACUUGCCGAAUACAUUGUUGAGUUUCUGAAGAAGAAGGCCGAGAUGCUUGCGGACUACUUCUCUCUGGAGAUUGAUGAAGAAGGGAACCUGAUUGGAUUACCCCUUCUGAUCGACAACUAUGUGCCCCCUUUGGAGGGUCUGCCUAUCUUCGUUCUCCGACUGGCCACCGAGGUGAAUUGGGAUGAAGAAAAGGAAUGUUUUGAAAGCCUCAGUAAAGAAUGUGCUCUGUUUUACUCCAUCCGGAAGCAGUACGUAUCCGAGGAGUCGACCCUCUCGAGCCAGCAGAGCGAAGUGCCUGGCUCCACUCCAAACCCCUGGAAGUGGACUGUGGAGCACGUUGUCUAUAAAGCCUUCCGCUCACACCUUCUGCCUCCGAAACAUUUCACAGAGGAUGGAAAUAUCUUGCAGCUUGCUAACCUGCCCGAUCUAUACAAAGUCUUCGAGAGGUGUUAAAUACGGUCACGAACGGACUCUGGGAUGGGUGGUCCCUCCUUUGUGUCCUGACGUUCGUAGGGCUUAAGGUAGAAGACUCACGUCUGCCUUGUAACUAGUAGCACUCCUUCACGCAUGGUGCAUUGACUGUAAAUAAAUUGUCAGAUGUGUCCUAA